AUGGUGUUCAACCCAACAAGUCCCAUUCAGACAUUCGGCCGGAAACCCCUCAUCAUCUCUCGAACUUCGGCGUCUCAUGGUGAAGUCGCCUCCAUUGGAAGAACUUCCGAUAUGUCAGAAGCCAAUUCCAGGCGCAGUUCAACGCUGUCGAUUCUACCAGCCUGGCGUGGUGGUAUGACAAAUAACAAUCGUCGGUCCCUAGAACGACAUGAUCCUCCUCAAGAAAUCAGCCGGUGGUCAAAAACAACGACAGAAUCUGAAGCAAGCAACGCAUUUACACACCCAGAGUCUCCGACACCCACCCCAUCUCCCGCGAAGAAGACGAAGGUGCUGAAGAAAAGGCUCAAGCAAAGAAAACGGUCUAAGUAUAGAACAGGUUCCAGUCCAGUUGAUCCGUGCUAUGAUCCUAAGACCAAGAAACUUGGACUACCGGAGAAACCACAGCCACCUGUUGUCACGAGUCCAGUCGUCGGCCCGAUUACCGGUCCGGAUGAGCCUCAAUCAUUUUAUGAUUCGGGUUCAGAUGAUUCGAGUGAUGCUGAGCAUGUUCUUCAACGAGCCAGCAGCGUGCGGAUUAGCAAGCCCCUCAUUGUCCAGCAUAGCAACAAUCCAGGAGGCUCAGUCCCAAAAUUUUACGCACUCCAAACAACGCCGACUGGUGAUGAGACGCUGGUACCAAAGCCGCUGAGCCUAGGCCACCAGCUCACGAAUACUUCCAGCGCGGAUGAUGAUGCCAGGGUUGCAGAAGACCAGCCACAGGCAUUAGGAGGGCCACAAGACGCAUUAAAGACAUUAGAACGCCAAGAAUCCCGAGUGGAGACUAUGAGUGCCGUCUCUGAAGCUACCUCUGAAGCCUCUACCUCGCCACGGGACACCUUGAAGAGGACUAUUCUUGAGUUCCCUAGCCCUCCUGUGGGAGACGAGGCGACCGAUACUCUAUCAACGCCCAUGGGUGGAUUUGGAUCGCUUCGGACGGGCAAGACGGGCAGUUAUACCGGAUAUUCAACAAGCACCUAUGUAGCUCCUUCGAUCGACGGCCUUCGCUCCAAUCCGAUUACAGAAUUUGACAAGAAACUGUCAAGGGCAAUUUCAGCCCCCGUGCGCCAUCCCGCACGCCGGGUUACUAUCCGUCCUGCUGACCUGGUUAUCAACAGUGCCAACGAUGACCACAAACUUUUCCGAGAGUCGAUCGUCAGCACACCAUACCCAGCUCGACAAAACAGCUUGGUAGAGUUUGACGAACAACCAACGUCACAAGUUGCCACACCGAGGCAGCUGCGUCGUUCAAGGCCGCUGCCGACGACCACCACCAACACCAAUCCAGAAGAGGCAAAACCCACAGCAGAGACGCAGCGGAUGACUCUGAGGAUAGGAGGAGAUGAACCAUCAAACAAGAAGGAUCUUCCACCCAAAACCCCACUAUCAACAAAACCCACCCUCUCCAACACCACCAGCUUCGUGACACCGAGAUCAGACCGAUUCCCAUCUCCUGUCGCACCGGAGGUCCUCUUCCUCGACCUCCGUCUCGGGCGCCACCCUUCCGCGCGUGUGACCGUCGAAAUCGAAAUCAAUGACAAAACAACCUUCGAUGAUGAGCAACUCUUCACCAUAAUCCGUAAGUCCUACAACACAAAGCUCCUAGGCCUCGUGCGUGGACUCCUCAUCGCCCGACGUGUAUCCCACGCCAGCUUUUCCAGUAGUAGCAGCGGGGGCGACGACCUCAACACCCCACGGCCUAACUCUGCCGCCUGGCCAGGCCAUGGACAGAAUUUGCCAACUGGAGCCAACGACUUCACGCGCCAUCUACAGCAUCCGCCCGUUGGCCACCGACGGAAGAUCUGGCUCCUCUGGCUGCGCGACCAGCAACACCAGGGCGCCUUGAAUCGACAACAGCGUCGUGCGGAGCGGACGGCCGUGCCACAAAUACAACAGACCAGCCCGCUGGAUCAGGACGAGAGCCCCGUGGCAAUCAGCUUCAUGCACCCGCGCAACAACAGCCACAGCUUCAGCCCGGGGCACAGCCCAAGCCAGAACAGCAACGGAUCCCCGACCACGGCAACGAUCGCACCAAGCACUGUCCUUCAUGUCAGCAACGCCUGCACGCUAUCCAGACAAAUCAGCAGCGCUGCAGCAGUGGCACCGACGCGCCCCAGCAUCACGACCCCACGCAUGCCAUUCCAGCCGUUCCACAUGCGCGACAAAUCCACUUCGUCAACUACUUCGUCCGCCGCACUGAAAAACUCCUCCACCUCCACCCCCAACUCCACGGCAAGCCAGUCCCAGUCCCACACCACCUCCAAUAUCACCACGGGCCCACCAACGCUGUACCUGCACUACGCAUUCUCCCUCCCCCGAAUCCUCGCCGUCUUCGCGCUUAUAAUCGCUGCCGCGGUAUUCACUGCGACCAUGUGGAUCCUGUUUGGCGUGCCGGGCCGCAGCGUCGCACAGGGCGAUGGGAUCAGCAUGGGCGAGUAUGGCGGCGAUGUGCAGGCGUACUGGCGCCAUGAUGCGCACAAGCGGCUUGUUGUGGGAUUGCUGCUUGGGCUUGUCGUUGCGUUGGUAGGUUUCAUGGCGGAGGCGCUCUGGGUAUGGGGCUCGUGGAUUCUUGUUUGA